GUGUCUAAGUCUGCCUUAUUUAGGGGAGAGUGAGGUAAGAUGAGCCAUUUUUCAUAUUUCAGAUCACUACAUAAAAGCAAUCAUAGUUUUGUCUCUAACUAGUGAAUCUGCAUAUAUUUUCAAGAUGUUGUGAAAUCUCAUAUGGGGUUUAGGGGUUCGGGAUUGAGUGAUUCAUUUCGGACACAGCCAUAGAUACCACAAUUGAUGUAUAAAACAGAUUUAAAAUGAUUUUUUUUUUGGUCUGAACACAAUUCUAAUAAAACUUAUGACAGACUAAAUUCACUUUCAAGAGUGAAAAAUGUUUUUUUGGGAGAUAAAUGUCUAACCCCUUCACCCAUGUGCUUCUAACCUUCACAGACUCCAUGAAUUGAUGCCCAUCUCCUAAAUAUUUGGUCACAUGAUCAGUUUCUUUUACAAUUUUCAAGCAACAGGGGGUGACUCAACUUACCCCACUCUCCCCUACUGUUUUAAAAAAUAACUAUUGUUUUCAUUCAUUUAUUCAUUUUGUUUUGUAUAUUUAUAUUUAUUGCGCAGUUAUGGGGGUCAAUAUAACCCCGUGACAUAUCUAAAAUCCCAAAGAGAGUGGCCAUUAGUAACCUCUAAUUUUUAUUAUUUCAGAUGGUACCUCAAAUGAAUACUUGAAAGGAUUAAAAAUCCAAUUUGGGAUCAAUAUAAACCCACUACAGACACCAUUAGCUCCCUGUGGGAAUAUUACCACGGAUCUUUUCUCUCUUUUUUUUCUGGGUACCAUUAUGAUGAUAGAGCUGGACCAUGACAAUGCGCGCCGUGUGAGUCUGACGUAGGCAGUCGGAGGAGAAAAACACAGACGACCCUCAAACACUUGGAGAGUGAGGAGGGGAAAGAGGGGGCGAACGAACGACUCAUAUUCAUUUAUUUAUUUAUAUAUAAGAGAAGAAACAGCGGACGGUCGUUUUCACCGGAGCUCAACACAGACGGUGUCGGGAGCAUGCUGCACAAUAGAGCAUCUCUCACACCGUGUUUAAUUGCGGAUUAGAGGAAAGGGGGAGGAGGAGGAAAGAGAGGGAGGAGGAGGGGGCACAACAAGGAAGGCAAGGAGACGCUCUUUUAUUAUUAGGAGAAAAAGCGGAGAGGAGGGGGGAGAGAGACUGAGACAGCGCGAGCGAGCCCGGAGACGGCACAGACCGUGGCGGGAGGGAACGGAUAGAGGAGGACACCGACACUGACAGUCGGCAGCGUCGCUCGGAUGCUGUUGUUGUUGUUGCUCCGGACGCGGCGACGAUGCGGCCACACUGCUGGGUGAUGGUAGCGCUGGCGGGGAUCAUGUCGUACCUGAGCCCGGAGAGAGCGCUCGGGGCCCCGCAGAGGGAAGGUGAGCGGAGUCGGAGGGGGUGAUGGAGGAGGAGGAGGGGAGGGGGGUGUUAAAACCUGUCAGUGAUGCUGGAGAAAGGAGUCAAGAGGGGGGGAUGUAGUCAGUUAUGAAAAGGCCUCUCUAUACAUUGGGGGGUGAUACUGUAUUAUUAGCCAGUGUGGCUGAGGCAUAAUGCGAAUGAUCACUGCCGUAGCCUACGUGGCUGACUUAAUGAAAACAGGAGCGAGGCUGAUUUUGAGAUGGGUAGGGUACCAUAUUUGCAUACCGUGAUGAAAAUAUUUGGGGGUGUCUCGGUCUCGGGCCUCCUCACAUCGAUGGCAUUUAAAACAGCAACUACUGUUUGGAUAGCAGGCAAAAAUCGUCGACCAUUUAGUCUAUAAAUAGCCUCUGCUGGUCAUUGGUGAUGAUUUAGCCUAUUAACCACUGCUGGCAUCCUUAUAUUUCUCCAUCUGAAUAUACCUUCUCAUACCCCCAAGAUCUGGCAGAGUGUUGUGUUUGUGCAGUCAUUGUAUUGUGGUGUAUUGUUUUGAUAAGAGCUGCUGGCACCAUAGCUGGUGGAAAAGGCCUUGUGUUAGCUUCCUAUUUAUAUGCAGUGUCUGUCUGGACAUCUGUCUAGGGAAAGAUGAAAGAAUAGCACUGCACAGGAAUUGUCUAUCAAGACUGGAGUUGUAUGAUUGGGAGCAUGUUUAGGGGGGCUCGCUCCCAAAAAGGUCAUUUAGUUUUCUCAUUUAGUCCCUGUGUUGCAUGUGCUGUGAUUGGAAUCAAGAAUUAGCUUUUGUCUUCUGUUUUAUGAGCAACAACUAAUGUAAUACUGACUAUCUAGAUAUAUUGCAACUCAGAGUACUAGUUAAAGUGGACCCUCCUGGCAUAAACCCUAAGCUGUGUUUACGUCCUAACUUACAUUUGUUGAGCAUAUGAAUCCAGUGAAACACUUGAUAAAUCCAAGAAAAACAAAGCUAUGACAAUGCUAUCAAAACAAGGCUGGUAUAUUUACCUUGUAAAUAAAACAAGCAUCAUCUCAUGUCUUUAGCAGAAUGAUGAUUCUCUUUUUGAAAUAUUCACAAAGUCAGUAAAUUAUUAAAUGCACUUUGGGAUUCAUGUAUGCAGUGUUUAUAAUAUCAUGACCUUAUGAAUGAAUGUAUUUUUGGAUCUGUGCGAGGAUGCAGAAAGAAAUUGAGAUAUUUUAAGACGCGACAGACUUAGAAACAAAAAGCCAAGUCAUAAAUUUAAUGGCAGUCUCACAGUUGAUAUUCAUAUAGCUCAUUUUAUUUUGAUAUUCUCCUUACCCAUGGAUUGUUAUUAUUUCAUAUGUUUACAGUUAUUUGACACAUAUUUAAAAAAAUAAGUGCCCUGUCGUAUAAUUUCAAUUCAUGCUUCCUUGUGAUUUUUUAGUAGCUAUAAAGGCAAAUGGUGAAAUCCUUGCUAACUAUCUCGCUCAUGUUACAACAUCUACCUUUGUUCAUCUUUAGAAACAACAGGCUGAAUCAUGUGUUCCCAGGCAUUGUUUAAAUAUUAAUGUUUAUAUUUGAGAUAAAAGUCCUGCACCCUUUCAACCCAUCGACUGUGUUUUUGAGGUAUCACUACUGCUCUUUCCUGUAACUCUUAUGUCAUGAGUGAUGUAAUGUUUUGGCUUCAGUAUUGAGAUAGCUAGUACCUGAAGGGUAUUUAACCACCCUGCCCUGCCCCUUUUCUUUUCUACAGAUGGUUCACUUCCCACAAUCGACUACUUUGAGGUACAAAAAUCAAAUGACCCGAUCCUUCCCUCUUUCACCUGAGUAGUCAACCUUCCUGAUUUAAGUAAUUCUUUCCAACCCCUCCUGAGUCGCGCUCCUUUUUUUACCCAAGUGACACUCCAGCCACCCCUUCCUGCUUCUUAACUGUGUUUCCUGAGUGGAAUGCCGUUUCUGAUACUUCCCCUUUCCCUAUGCUUUCUUCCUUACUGGAAUGGUCUAUUAUCCCACUUUUAAUAUUGAUUCCAGUCUCUAUCUUAUUUAGUUGUACAAAUGUUUUUUUUCAAAUUUAAAUUCAACUUAGUUUCUUUCCUGCUUUGCCCCUAAACCUCCUGAUGCAAGCUGUCCAUUGGGGUUCUCCACUGUGACCCAAACCUGCCGCUAAGAAAACGCUCCAAUGGUUUCCCUCUAAACAAUCCACCUAUGUAACAAGAUUUUACACUUUUCCAAUUCAAUGAAUUCUCUUCUCUCUCUCACUGACUCAAACCUAAUAUUGUGCCAUCCUCAUAUUAGCACUAAUACCCUGAAUUUCCCUCUUCAAUUUUUCCUCCUUUGUAUAUAUCUCCCUGUCUUCCUCUCAGUAUCUCAGACCAGGGCUGCUUCCCUCUCUCCUCCACCUUACGUUGUCAUCCUCAUCUCUUGCUCGGGGCUCGUCUCUUUUGUUCUGCUGCUCCUGACCUGCCUGUGCUGUAAGAGAGGAGGAGUGGGGUUCAAUGUAAGUCUUCCACAUGUAAGAGAUUUAUUCACCUCUCUCUGCUUUCUUUGAGUUUUCACACUUAACUUUUGCAUGUUGGUACGCUUAAAAAAGUAAGCAUGCUUCGAAAAACUGUAUGGAAAUGGAAGAAAGAAGUCAAUAAUUCAGAUGUAAUGAAGUAGAAAUGGUCAAUAAUCAUGUGUCAGACUGAUCUCUCAGACUAAGCGCGUGUCUUUUGACCUGAUUGUAUUGCUGUGUGGUGUGCAGACAGGGUAUCAUUAGUUCAGAGUGGCUGCUUUCUCAUUGUCUGUCUUGAUAGUUAAAGCUUAAUGUUAACCCUGUUAUUAAGAAAAAAGCACAGUUUCAAUUUCUGUUUAUGCCAGCUUUGUGAUUUUUCUGUGUUGUUUGGCUGAACCAGGAGUUUGACAAUGCAGACGGAGAGGAGUGCUCUGGGGGUUCCAGUCCCAUCCAGGAGGACAGCCUGUCAUCAUGUCCAUCCCUCCCUGAGGUCUACACCCUGCCAGUCAGAGACAGGUCCAACUGCCCCGCCCUGCAGGAUGGAGCAGGUAACAACCCCAAAUGCCUCCUCCUUUGCUUGACUCUUGUUUAAGCCCAAAUCCCUCUGAGGAGGGGCUGAAUUUCUGUUCUGCACUGACCCUGCUUAUGGUCUGUUGCCUGAGUCGCUGAUGCGGAUCCAUCGAAGGUCUCAAACUGGAUGUAUAACCAGAUGCGGAAUGUCAAUGGAGUGGAAACUAUGAUCUGAGGAAAUUCUAUGACUGGUCUUCUUACAAGCAGAAAAAGCAUGAAAUUUGAUGACAGACAAGGAUGAUAUCAGCACAGCUUUGGAAUGCAGUAGAUGCAGUUAUGUCCAAAAAAGGGUAUUGUGUCAUUUAUCAAAGCCCCUCUUCACUCUCGGAUGCAUUUGACCUGAUUAAGAUAUUUGGUCUUCAUUGUGGAGGGUAAUUUAUGUGUUUAGUUUGACACCAGGAGUCUAGUUACAAUGUGUAAAUCCUCUAGUGAAUAAUUUAAAAGAACAAAACACAUGAAGAUGAGUAUUUGUACAUGUGGGUUAAUGAUUACCAGCGACUGUUUCCUCACAAGAAUCACCUUUUCUAACCAAAAGUUAAACAUUAAAUGUUUCUUUUUAUUCUUUAUCCAUCAACACAAGUUUCUGAGGUUAAACUAUCAUCUGCAUUUGCUCAUGUUUAUUAGCAAAGUCUACAACUCCCACCAUGAGAGUAAAUCCUCAUAAUCACCAGGCUAUGACUUUUAUUGUUGUUUUGAUUUAGAGACCCUCAACCGCAAACGUUCAUUAAAGCUUUAAAGAGGUGUGAUUACAAACGCUUUAUUUUAUAUCUUUUGAGGGUCAUGUACAGACCAAUAUGAAGUUUGAACAAAUGAGGUGCUGAGAUGCGAAAUUUCCACGUUUCCACUAAAAUAAACUCCACAGCAAAAAGUGAUGCCAUGUCUCUUCCAGUUAAACUUUAGUAUAAUCUACAUCUUCUUCUGAUUUCUUAUGAAGACUAUGCUGAUGAUAUGUUUGCUCACAGUCAUUAGACGUUUAGAUGUUCCUGAUUCAAAGAGAACUUUUAUGUCUUGAAGUAUGUUUAGGGCUGCUCUUUAAUGUAUGCUGAUGGCAGUGGCUUUUUGUUUUGUACCACCAAUGAGCUGCAAAUGAUGGUUUUUCUAAAAGGGACUUUUUGUUCCUGUUGAGAUAUGAUGUCAUUCUUAAAAAUGCUGAUGUGUGACUGACCCUGAUGUUAUUUUUCUCCUUUGCUACAGACUCCAAGUCUCAGUGCUUCAAAAGACACACUUUAAACUACCUUCAGGAGAUAGGAAAUGGCUGGUUUGGAAAGGUAGGAUGAACGCCUCUUAUAUUCAAGUAUCAUUGUGUUUUCAUAUAAAAUACAUCCGAAAACAUAUAUCCUCUGUUAUGUUUUUUACUGGCUAGCAACCAGAUCAGGAGUCCUCACUCAAAAUAGUUCUCUUACUGUCUCCCUCUCGAGCACUCCUCCAUAACAUUGUCCAUCGAUCUCUUCCAGGUGAUCCUGGCUGAAGUGCUGUGUGACUGCAGCUCCUCACAGGCUGUAGUGAAGGAGCUGCGCGUCAGUGCCAGCCCCUUGGAGCAGAGGAAGUUCUUGGCCGAGUCUGAGCCAUACAGGUGAGGGAAUUACUGAGACUGUAGCAGCCAUUUUGGUGCUAAAUGCAACGCUAUAGUUUUACAGGGAGCGCAAUUAUGUCACCUGUUAUUCUGUUUAAAGGUUAAAUUCAAAAUGCUGUACUUAUCUAUUACAUUUAGGUAAACAUGGGCUUUCAGGAACAUAGAAACUUCAUGACUCUUAUGAAAAAACAUAAAUGUAGUGUAAGAGUAGCAAAAGUAGUGAAGUGAUUCCUGUCACUGGAACGAUUUUCGUGAGUCUGUUAGCUGGCAUUAGCUCAGUGUUAAACCAAGAAAAGUCUUUUGAUAUUUCAUUCUCAGUGUAAGCCAAUUAAAGCUGGCCUUCAUCAACAUGAAGUACUAGACAUGUUGGUCCAAAAACACCUUAAACGGAGAGAGAACGAUUAUUAUUUUGUGUCCACCCUUAGCUAACAUUAGCCAUAAUGGUAGCAAAGAGCUAACCGUAUUGAGUAUGACGCAGUGUUUAGUUUUAAGAUGACAAAGGUAGCCUACAUGAAAAUCUUUUAAGUCGCAACUUCAUGAACUUGUUUACUGUCUGCAGUCACUGGAAAAGCAAACUUUCAUGUUUUCUUGGACUGGUAUUUUUAUGUUGGGUAUAUGGGAACAACCUGGUUUUUACAGUGACAGCUGAACCGAUGUGUUAUCUGUGCUUGACUCUGAAUCUGAGUUAUGUUUUGGCUGUCCUCUCUCUUUAACACACACACACACACACACACACACACACACACACACACACACACACACACACACACACACACACACACACACACACACACACUUACUCAGAGGAAGCUUUCAAGGACAGGGUUGUCUGUUUCUUUCUCUACUCCUUUCUUUGGGCAAAAUCUAUCUCAACCAGAAACAAAGGCUGCCUUUCUUCUCUUUUACACUUUUACAAACCUAAACACCUAAAUAGUCAUUUUAAAACAACAUUUUUGUGCAUUUUACGUCUCCUGAUUUUUAUGCUCUUUCUGUUGCACGAACCCUUCCCUUGUCACGCUCAGUUUGUGUCAGCUGAAAACACAUUUCAUACGCUCGAUGAAAAGCAAAAGCACUGAUAUGCUUCAUUUCAUUUGUCCAACUUUAUGUCACACUUAACUUAGCUUUGUUGCUGGGAUAUGCAUGAGUGCUUCCUCGUCUUUAUCCCAUUUUACCCAUGAAGUCUUAUUGACUACUGGCAAGACCAAAAUUUUCACUAAUUCACUUUUCUGUCCAAAUCUUUUUUCUGUGUUUUCUUCCUCUUCUUUCCAGGAGUCUUAAACAUCCCAACAUCCUUCAGUGUUUGGGGCAGUGCAGUGAGAGCAUCCCCUUCCUCCUGGUUAUGGAGUUCUGUCAGCUGGUGAGUGUAAAUCAGCCAUAUUUAGACACUCGACAGAAGUAAAUUACAAGUACUGGGUUGUAGCUAUAUUCUAGAAAAGCCAUGGAUGUUCCAGGGUCACUGAAAUUGGUUUUACAUCCCUUCAAUCAGUUUGUUUUCCUUUGCUAAGCUGGCUUAAUCACUGACUGAUUGAGAAAUCAGUGCAAGUCGACUCUCAGGCCAAACAAAGACACAAGCAGAUCAAUUACAGCAACACAUUGAGGGAAGCCAAACAACACUGGGGACCUCACAGACUGCUAUCACCCUUGUUGAUAAAGUCUCCUAUUGUCCCUUCCCUCUCAGAUGAUUCUCAACCCCCUUAAAUAGGCUCCAUUUUAUUUCCUUGCCCUUCUCGAGGCAUAAAUGACGAAUAAAGGCUGCCAGCUCAUUACCAAUUCCCUGGGUGCUUUUGAGCCCUGAGAUGGAAAACACCUCAAAGGAGACAAAUUUACUGCAGAAGUCACCAAAAUCCCCUUUGCCUAUAGGAUGUAUCCUGUAAGUUUUGUUCCUCUUUUAGCAGAGAAGCACAAGAACUUAAGUCAACCUGGCACUAACUCAACCUCUCUCCGUGUCCGUGUGCCAGUAACUGCAUACAUUUUGUCUUUAUCGUACAACUAGGGUGACCUGAAGAGGUAUCUGAGAGCCCAGCGCAAGGCAGACGGGAUGACCCCUGACCUGCCGAUUCGAGACCUCCUGACUCUUCAGAGAAUGGCUUUUGAGAUCACCUCUGGUCUGCUCCAUCUUCAUGAGAACAACUACAUCCACAGGUCAGUCAUGGCUUUCUUAUGGAUUUAAGUGUUAGAAACAAGAUUGUACCCCGAGUUGAUAUAUGUCUUUGUACUGUGGCUGUAUUUCUGAGGUUGUGCUCUGCUCCCUACAGUGAUCUUGCUUUAAGAAACUGCCUGCUGACCUCAGACCUCACUGUCAGGAUAGGUGACUACGGCCUCUCACACAACCAUUACAAGGUUUGUGGAUCUUACUUCAACCCUUCUUUUUAAUCUGAGGAACCAUAACCCUUCCUAAUUUGAGUUCUUGAGCAAUGAAAUAAUCUCAAUUUACCCUAUGUGUGUUUUCGUCAAGGAGGACUAUUACCUUACUCCAGACAAGCUUUGGAUCCCACUGCGCUGGAUUGCUCCGGAGCUGCUGGAGGAGUACAGAGGAUCUCUGAUUGUUACAGACCAAACAAAAACCAGCAAUGUGUGGUAUGUUUUUGUGCGAUCACAGUUGUUUGUGUACCGUGCUGGUGGAAAAAGUAGCUUUUAAACGAAUCAGUGUGGUUACAGUCUUCGUGUCCUGUUUGAUAAAAAUCUGGCAUUAUUUCCACAUAAGGGGAAGCAGUUUAAGUACAUGUUUUGACCAAAUUUAACCAUCACCUCCUGCUUUGACUGAGCCAGUGAGAAAAUAUUCUGGGAUCAAAACAAACAUGGAAAGAAAGACUAGUCUUUGCAUGCACAGCAGAAAAGAUGUCUGUGAAUUUGAGGAUAUUUACUAUCCUAGUUCUUCUCUAAACAAGUUGUUUCAUUUACAAAGCUAAAACUGUUUUCUCUUGCUUGAGAGUGGAGAUCCAUGAAAGGUGUUGCUGUAAAAGCAUUACAUAACAAGGAACUCAAAUGUCUUUGGAGAUUAGUCUUACACCUUCUCUUCAUCGGUUUUUCUCUUCCAGGUCCUUGGGGGUGGUGAUAUGGGAGCUGUUUGAGUUUGGGUCUCAGCCCCACAGACAUCUGAGUGAUGAAGAAGUGCUGACCUUCGUCAUUCGGGAGAGACAGAUCACUCUGGCCCAGCCCAGACUUAAGCUUUCUCAUGCAGACUACUGGUCAGUACCCAUCCAAGUGUAUAAUGCAGAAAUGAUGGUGAUCUAAAGAAAAAGGAAUCAAGUCCUCAUUGUGUCUCUCCAAACUGACCUUCCCGUCUUUCUCCCUUGUCUGCAGGUAUGAGAUCAUGCAGUCCUGCUGGUUACCUCCAUCUCAACGCCCCUCUGUUGCAGAAAUAUUCCUCCUCCUCUCCUCCCUCUUGGCUGCUGAGCGAGGAAUGGCGAGAGGGAGUGUUGGGGAAGAAGAUGAAGAGGACGAGGAGUAUGAGGAUGGCAGAGGAAGAAGAGGGGAGAGUGAGGAGUCGUUUGAAAGACGCUGGGACUUACUUCGUCCACCUGCAUUUCAGACUGCAGCAAAUGAGCGACUCAGGGAGAGAGACUAUGGAAGGGACGACAGAGACAACUCUUACCCCCUGCUGGACCCUGUGGGGAACUGUAUCACCCCCACCUCCUCUGAAUUGGAUGACAUCCUAACAGUCACUGAAACCAGCAAAGGCUUGAACUUUGAGUAUUUCUGGGAGAAAGCUCACGCCAGACGAGGUUACAAACCUCUUCCUCCCCCUCAGCCGAUCCCAACUGUCAACAAUAACCACAGACAGUCUUUGGACACACCCACUGUGGUCCCAGUGAUAAGUGCUCGCAGCCCUUCCCUCGCUAGUGAGUACUACAUCAGACUAGAGGAGCACACUCCCCAGGACAAGUCGCCAACCCUUAAAGGAAAGACCCAGUCAUCUUUCCGCUCGGACUCGAUGUGCCAUGGAGAUCUGGAGCUGGUGGAGAUUCGUAGUGGACUGCUUGGAAAGGAGCGAGUCCCUUAUUGUUCCUCUGAGAAGUGUGGGAAGGGCCUCCAGACUGUCAAAUCAAGUGAGGUUCAACUCCAAGUGCCAAACACAGGUGUGGCUGAGUUCAGAGACACUUCGAGUAGAGUGACCGACUUCUCCAUAGUGGAUUUAGGAGAUGAUGAUGAAGAGGAGAGGAAGAAGAGCAGCGAUGCUGAUAAAAAAGCGUCGAGUUCCCAAGCCCCAGUCCUCCCUCCUAAGCCCCGCUCCAUGUCAAUGUCAUCAGCCAACCACCUUCACUCACGCCCCCUUCCCGCCCCUCCGCUGGGAUACAGAGGACUGCCUCACUACACUGUCGGUGGAAAAAUUGAAACAGACCCGCAUCAUAUGAGCAGCUGCCCACCCUCCACCUUCGACCACCUGGGGCUCCACAGGGCCCGACAGACUCUUCCCCCAUCCCCUUCUCUCUCCCCCUCUCUUCCCCCAUCGAGCCAUCCUAUCUACCCCCAACCCCCCCAAAUGUGUCCCCCACCUCUUCCCCCCCACUCCAAACCACAAAGAAGCUGCCCCAGCUACAACACAGCAGAGACUUAUUCCAGAUACAGUAAGCCGCAGAUGCAGAGAUGUCAUAGAGACCCGCUCUCCUGUGACUUGUCUGACAGAGAGGGGGGUACCAGGCCCUCAGUAUCAUUGCACAAUUCUAGGGAGACCUCUCACUGUCGCGUGAAAGACUUUGAGUCCCCGAUUCGUCGAGAAAACCCACUGCGCCCCAUUUAUCGCAAUUUGCCCCGCCCCCAGCCAACAAACCCCCAGAUUGAAAGACAGUCCUCAUCCAGUCCCACCUACUCGGAUGAGGAUGACUCUCCCUUUAUGUCCCCUGAGAGACAAAGCGGCGGGACUACUGUCACUCACUCUAGCCUAUCUGAAGAUGCAGACCCAGCCUGUGCAGAGCUCUUCUCCAGGGGGAUGAAAAGGACUCAGUCACGCCUCGACACCAUCCUGCCCACUAUUUGGAGAGAAGAUGCUGAACUUCAAGCAGAACGCGUUGCAGCUGCCAAGAAAUCCCCUAUGCAUCUGUUCCUGACUGAGAUAUCCAGUGUGACAGAAUCCAGUGAGUCCAAGAAGGACUCCUCAUGGGAAGGAGAGAAGGUGGAGAAAAGAGAUGGAGAGAGAUGGGGGAACUUUCUCCUCCCUAACAGAGGCAUGCGCCGCUCCCAGUCGCUGAUCACAGAGUUGGGGUCUGCAACUCAUUCAUGGGGGCCAGAAAAACACAACAACACAGGAGCGAAGGAGGAAAAUCCAGGCACCACAGAAUCAUUCCAGGGGGAUCUUUUCCUCACAGAGAUCGACACAGGAAGGAUGGAAACAGAUCUAGAGGGAGGAUCAGAGCCUGAUCCAGUCAAAUACCUCUAUCCAGCAGGAUCCAGACUACGCCCCUAUGUCUGUGCCCCGGGCCUUCCCUCGUACACAGAGGCCGAAGAGGCCUAUUCAAAGGGUAUAAGGAGGUCCCGCUCUCUCCUCUCUGAGAUCACCAUUGGGAAGCAGGAGUCAGAAGUGCAGCAGCCUGAGAAGGAGCCCCGAAAGACAGAAAUGACCAGGGAGGAGUUCCUGAAGGAGAUCCAAUCAGCAGAGACCUUCUUGACCGAAAUCAUAUCAAGACAAAAUGCUGCUGCCAACAAAAAGGAGGCAGACUCCUCUUACUCCCCUACUCCUCUGUCUCCUGAAUACGAGUCCAUAUGCAUCGACCCAAACUCUGCUCAGACCAUCAGGUUUCAGUCAGAGAGCUCCAUACGAGCAUCCAGCAAAGGGAAAAGUGACACUCAAACUGAAGCAAUCUAUGCCCAAGUGACCAAGCGUGCUAAAAAGAGUGAGAUCAAGGUAUCCAUGAGACCUGGGAUCCCGAUCCUUCAUAUAGGAUCGAACAAAGAGUCUCAAAAAGCUGACAGCGAUGCAGACCACUGCCAAUCCAGCGAGUAUGUGUUUUCAGAGAUCAUGCCCAAAAAUGGUCUCCUACACAACCAAUCACUCGAUCGUCAAAAAGAGGAGGAGGAGUGUGCAGAUGGUCCAGCUCUACCUGCCAGAGGAGAGCAUCCAGACCUCCUCGAGCACUCUCCGACCAAAUCCACAGAGAGAGUUAAUGAAUCCAACACUGUGCUACUCCACGACAACAAAUCCUUGAUAACAGAUGAAACAGGCUCUCAAAAGCCUGCUGUCAUAGGAAACGGUGAGAUAAUGAAAGAUCUGCAGGCCAGCAGCCCUAAAAGAGAUGACCAGACAUGUGAAAUGACAGGUAGUACGUUAUAUGAUAAUGACAAAGAAAAGCACCUAAAUAACAAGAGAGAUUUCGCAGUAGAGUCCAAGCACAUCACAGCAUCUAAUGACUUGCAGAAUGCCAAAAAUCUUGGUUGUCAAAAUGAUAACAAAAGCUUUGCAGAGAUGAAAAGAGAAAAUUUACAGACACACAAUGAUGCAAAACACAGUCACAGCGUCCAAAAAGCAGCUACUCCUGCUGCCACUCCAACCACUCCAGACUGGGACCCUUCAACUGAUGUUUCCCUCAUCACCCCCACUGACUCCGUCCUGUCACCUAUGACCUCCAGCUCAGCCGACUGCCUCACACCCAGCGACUCAUGGACAAGUACGGGAGGAGGAGGAGGAGUGGGAAACGGGGGUUGGCGAGCCCUGGGAAAUGAGACACCCCAUCGAGACUCUGCCUACUUCUCAGAUAGUGACUGGGAGGGCGAUCUGAUAAACCGAAGGAGCGGUGAUGGACUGGUGGCCUCGAGGCCGAGCAGCAGCCGAGGAGGGGAUCGGGGAACACUGACAGGGAUAGAGGAAAAAACUGAAGAGGAGGGAGAGAUGGGAGACAAGAGCCCUUUGAGAAAUAAUGUACAGGCGCUGGAUAAGAGGAGAGAAACAGUUGAAAAGACGACCAUUAAAAUAAGUGAUGAAACAAGUACUGUGAAUCAAAGCGGUCCAGAAAAUGCUGUAUCUCAUUUAGGCAACGACAAAGACGUUCUGAACAAAGGGCUGGAGUUAACACAGAGAGAUGAUUCAGGCAUUUUUCACAACGAAAGCUUAAACUCAGCGAUGCCUGGGGAUGAUCUGCAGGUCAAAGACUGCGUUGAUUUAAUUGAUAGGUUGUUCUCAGAUUUAGACGAUGAGAAAGGGCUCCCAAACUGCAGUGGGUAUAUUGACAACCACCACACAGAUGGAAUCAUCUUUAAAGUAGCAGAUUACAAAUAUCAAGACUCCAAAGAAAACGAUGUAAACCUUCAUUCUAGGACCCUCGCUCAGACUAAUACUUUGAUCGACUCUGUUUCUGGCAGCCAGUCAAAGGAUUGCGUGUCAAGGCCAAGAAAUAAUGAUUACACAAGCAUUACAAAGACAGAUAUCGAUCUCCUCUCUACGCUGGACUCCCACAAAUGUGGAAAUGACACUGUGGAAUCUGUGACACCAUCCCAAGCUGAUGACAAGGAGUCAAGAUUAUCUAAACUGCACUGCAUCCAAAGAGGUGGAGAGAUCCCGUUAAUAAUCGAGCCAUGUGAUGAUGGGAAGUCUGCCUCUGAUAAAGAGACCGACCUGAUGUGUCCUACUUGGGCUGUGGAGGUUGUUGAAGAGCUGGGGAGACAUGACGAAAGGCCCGGUAUAGAUCACAACGAGCUGGGCCUGAGAAACCUGCAUUGCUCAGAUGGCAGCGAGGGCAAACAUUUCACCACGGAGACGGAUAAACAGCUGGCUGCUGCAGAGCUGAGGAACGCCAUGAAGGAAAAGUCCCCUCUCAGAGCAGCAAAAAGCUGGAUGGAUUCUGCUAACAAUGUGGACGAAGACUCCUCUGAAGGUCUAGAGAUGAAGACCAGAGAGUUGUGGAGCACCAUGGAGAAGGAGGAGGAACAUACACAAGCUGGUGUUGUCAAAGGAGAGUUUGACUGCCACCGUUUUUCACAGUCAAGAGACCUGCACUUAUGGCCAGAUGAAAAUGACCAGUGGGCCUCUCCGGAGAGGAGGAGCCAGGACCCUGACCUCAGAUCUGAGUUUUUCUCUGGGUUCUGCAACAAGGCCUGGGAGGUAGGGGAGAGGCUCGUCGUUGGUCAGGAGUUUUGGGAGACUGAAGAAAAUGACGAGCUUGCAGGAAGUGAGCCUCACCCUGCGGUCUUGGAAGGCUGUGAAGAAACGUGGAACGAUGAAACACAAGGACUUAACUGUGGCGUCGCCAUUAAGGAAAAAUGGGACGUUACAGAAGAUAACCAGCACAUGGUCCAGCAGGAGGAAAACAUCGAGAACCUCGGGGAAACUGGCAGCUUUAACCAAAACCUGAAAAGAGACGCUGACAUAGAAAAUAAAGAAAUCCCAGAGCAAGAGACCUCGGAGCACAGAAAGAGACAAAUUUUGUCCUACACAGAGGCAGUCAGUGAAGGGGAAGGUCUAUCAGACUCCACAGAGACAGGGGAGAAUCAAAAUUUUAACAGAUGGCCUCAGGAUCACCUCUGCGACAUGCAAAAAGAGGAGCAAACAUCAGCUGAGCAUACUGACAACGGCACAAGUUCAAAUCAUGAGAACCACCUCAGUCACACUUCACAGAACAAAACAAGUACAUCUGUUUGCAUUAGUGAGGUUUCUGCUGUGAACUCUUUAGACCAGGAAAAUGAUGAAUCAGGCUUAGACUCAGAGGCAGGGAGAAGAGCAUGGCCAGCUAAGCAGCAGUGCACAGAAGAUAGAGUAAGCAUUAGGAGUGUCGAGGGGGAUUACAGAGAAAUGCCUCUUUCCUCCAAUCCCAGCUCUUGUCCAAGUGACCUUGAUGUGCAGGAGGAGGUAGAUCAUUCAGAUCCUCUGGUAGACAAUUUCAGCUCAGUGGAUUUUCCAAGUCCUCCACCGAGCAUAGACCUUGAUGUGCAGGAUGAUAAAUUGGAGAGUUUAGACGACUCUUUUCCUAGUCCACCUCCAUCUGUUACAGAGUCAGAGGAGUUUAUUAGUCACAUUAAUCUGGAAGACUUUAUUGCUCCUACCGAGGCAGAGCCGUGUAUUUCUCCUGCUCACGACCCACAAAUCUCAGAUUCACCUGCUUUAACUCAGAGUGCAGGGAUCUCAGCCAAUCUCAGCCUCUCUUGUGAGCAUGUAACAGUGGAUGAUGAUAGCAACCGUGCAUCAAACACAAAGAGGCAGGAUGAACAAAAUGAACUGAUGCAGGAAACUUCAUCUGCCAACUCAUCUUUACCCCAAGUUCCUCUCAACAAUCUCCCAGAAUUACUCAUUUCUGAAUGGAAAGAUUUGGAUGAGGAGCCCUUGGAGGAUUUUGAAAAAUUGGAGCAACUUUGUUGCAUAUCUGGAGAUGAGGAUGACUCUCUAGGUGACCUUUUUCUGGGGAAUUUGGAGCUCCUCGAGUCUUUAAAGAAAACACCUGAUCAGAAAAUUGCUAGUGUAGCUGAAAAUGAUACAACUGAGGAGGUAUGUUUUGCCUCUACUCCCGAGGGGGGUGUGAUGGAUUUGACAGAGGACAGAAUGUCCGAUAACUCUGAUAAAUUGGCAGAGCCUGUGCCAGAUGUCAUCCUGGAUUCACAGAACAAACUGUCUCCUCAAGAGGAAAGGAAUGGAGGCCAGAGACCUCCUGUACAAGCAUCGGAAGUCAAAGACCAGGGAUCUCUCUCCAAGUUGACAACAAAGAAUGGCCUCAUGAUGCAGGUGGGCAGAUUUUUGGGACCUGUUGUGAGAUUGCUUUUUUAUCAUCUUUCUCAGUUUAUUUACCACCUUUUGUUGUUUUGCUCCGUGGUUUCAGGUGUGUGAAGAGAGGCUGCAGUUUUCCCUCAGUGAAAAUGUGAAAACAAAUGUGCUUUGGGGAACAACUGUUAAAGACACGGUGACACUUCGGCCCUGGGGGGAGCAGAUCACAGAAAAUAGCAGCGAGCUGGUUCCUGUGGAAGAACAAAAGGAGAGUGAAAGGUAAAAAAAAUGUUCUUACUGUGAAAUAAUUUUUGGGAUAACAUAACAGAGAUCAUGUUAUAAGGAUCUAUCAAUCCACAAGAAAACUGGUUAAAGUCCCACUCCGAUUUUUAUUAAUUUUUUUACUACAUCAAGAGUUCUCAGUGGUCUUUCAUAUUUUAAUUUGUCUGUUUAUCUGUACUUUUUUUUGUUACAGCCACAAGGAGCAAGAAAGUUCACCAACCAAGCAGGCGAACGCUGAGUCUGAUGAUACUAAAGCUGAGCCUUUCACUGUGAUUGAACAACCUGAGGUCACAACCCCUCAGCCCACCACAAACCAGGCUAUGAAAGGUGCCCAGAUCUAGCUCAUAUCGUUAACAGUCUGUGAUCAUGAUAAACAAACUGCGGGAAAUUAUCUGUGUUGAGUUUUGCAUUAUGAAUACAGUAAGACACAUACAGAAUUGAACUGAAUACAAAUGAAACAAACACUCCAGCUCAAAACAACAGACACUGUACGUGUGUGUUUUUAUCUGGGAUAAUAUUUAGUGAGACAUCAUCUAGUGUAAUGAAAUCUACACUGUAGGUCUGAACUGCAUGUAAAGUCCCUCAUGCUUUUGUUUUCCCUCACACAGCAAAACUUGCUCGCCUCUCUCUCGCUCUUCCUCCUCUCGCUCUGACUCUCCCCCUCACCACGUCUGGUAAAGGGGGGUUUGGGGAUGGAUCGAUUGGGAGUCGGAUUGGAAGACGGAGAGGCCUGUCUACGGGAAGCGACCAAGAUGAGGAGGAGGAGGAUGAACCGGAAGAUGAAAGUUCUCGGAGAGUGAUUGUUGUCACGGAAACAGAUGUAGACAAACGUGUGGGGCUGAGGAGUCUGCUGAAGUCACCGAAGGAGCCGAUGGACAGAGAGAGGGAUAGAGGGAGAAAUGUGUCCUUUUUUGAUGAUGUCACAAUUUAUCUAUUUGAUCAGGUAUUUUCAAGACUUUUAUGACUAACUUAUGAUCGAUUAUGUCGGUAAUAUCUAAAGUACCUAUGACUUUUAUGUCUCAAUUUAACAGGAGACUCCAACAAAUGAGUUGAGCACUUCAGCGCCCACUACUCCAGCCCCAGUGUCCGUCAAAAGUACCAAGCUGGAUUUACGUGGUAAGAUAAAACAUCCCACCUCCAGAGGACAGUGACGUGUUUGCACUAACUAGCAGUAUGGCUAUGUGAACGUCAAUAUCAGUCAGGCUAUCAGCUGGUCUUGUGGAAAACUUGCCAAUAGGUUUUGUUUAACCAGUCACCACAUGGCAAAUUUGACAGAUUUACCUCUUGAACUCCUCAUUGAGGUUAAACUAUUGACACAUCCAUCAGGACUUGCUAUAUUGAUCAAUCCAGCUCAUGCUAGCAUGCUACCCUGCCUACUGAAAAGCUCUUUUCUCAUUAUGUGUAUGCAACAGUGCUCAAAGGAAGCUCCGCCGUUAUCACGUCUCUGUACUUUCAUGGUGCUCGCAGUGUCGGUUUCCCAGUGUGUAAUUUCACAUUGUGUUACAGCGAUGCAUAAGCACAGGAGGUGAACACAGCAGGAGUCCCACAUACACAUGCAAACGUACACAUCAGACCUGCUCCGCUCACAGUGACCCCAUCUGGCUUCUAUAACACCUCUGUGACUUCCUCCAAUACUGGCACAGACUCUGCAACACUUCUGCAGCAGAAGACAAGAACUUAGGGGCUUGAAUAUCAUUAUCAUCACCAUUAACUGAAUAGGGCUCAAGAUGCUGGGUUAUACCUGUUCAGAGUAUCAUAAAACACAUAACAGUGGGCUAAUGAUUUCUCACUCUCACAUGUUUCUCAUAAAGCUCACAUUUAGGAAGGGCCUGUUUAGAGUCAUUGAAUAGUGAUUGCAGUGGCCUCAUAGUGGUAAACAAUAACUACAAACUAAUUUGACUGUCUAGAGUGUCUUGGGGGAGGGAAAUAGACAGUGUAUGCAGUGGAUGCAGGAUGAGUUAUCAACCUUUUUUUUUUUCAGAAAAACUCAAGUAUAGCCUCAAGAAGGCUUACCAACAACUUCUUAUUGCUGUAUCAGACACAGAGUUGUAAUUGGCAGCGAGCCAAAGACAUCCUCAAGUUCACCUGCAUUAAGUCUGUUUCUGUCUUCACCUUGAGCAGGAGAAUGAUGUCACAGAUUCCUGCAGUCUCUAACUCAUCCCCGCCCACUUAAAUGAAAAACUCUAAUUUCAACCAUCUCCUCUCCAAAUAUGCAGCCAGAAUUAAUCUUCUAUAAUUAUCCCUCUCGACACUCUGACAUGUGGAACGGAGCAGAGACAUAAAUCCUGUGCUCAACAAUGCCGGCCUAAGCUGUGUUCCCCAACACAUUUUCACUCGCUCUCUUGACUUCCUCUCUCCAUCUUGUACUCUGAUCACCUCAUUUCACAGAAUAAUGAAAGUUUGAGUUCAGAGUUUCCUUUAGGCUGUAAACACACAAAUACACACACACACUGACACAGUUGCAGAAACACCAAAAUUAGAUGCUUUUGUGAUCUUUCAUUGCCUUUAGAGUUGAAACUUCAGAGUCCUGUGAGAAGAUGCUGUUUUCUUUUUGAGUUAUUUUUAACCAAACUCUUUUUUUGUAUUGCAUCAGUAUGAUUAUAUUAAUAGAUGAGGAUUGUUAGUUUAUUUCCCAACUUGUAUUUGGCUUGUUGCUAAAAUCUCACAGUAUGUGUUAGCAGUUUUGAAGCCACAUGUGUAUCAGUCAUAAAUGGACCUUGGGGCACAGACAUUUUGAAUGCUCCCAGUUUUACCUGUCACAGAGAGACACAAUACUGAUGGUUGGAAAACUAAACCUCAGCAUGAGUUUGUGUGUCACACUAGAUAUGAAGCGGUAGUCCUGAUUGUUGCACUGUCUCUUAGUGUAGUUGGAUUUAGUAUUGCAUUAGCUUUAAUUUUCUGUGCAGCUGUAAUAAAAAGGAAGUGAUUAUGAAAGAUAUCCAAUAUGAUACAAUUAAACAGAUGCUCAACAUAAAUUAUUUUGGUAACGCUUUCUGUUACGGUCGACUUAUUAACAGGUAAUUAACAGGUAAUUACCUAGUAACAACAUGAAAUUAUCUAGUAAUUACAUGAUAACUACUAAGUCAAUACUAGUCUAGCUACCAGGUAGGUAACCUUCCAUCAUCAUAUAGAUUUGAAGCUGAAUUGCUCUGGUAUUUCCAGAAUUUUCUCCGCUUCCUGGAACCACCACUUGCGCAGUAGCAUUGGCGGGUGAGUCGCUGUGAUAAUGCUCGGCUCAAACAGCGUAUCGCUACGCAAUCUUCGCACGCCCAUAGGCUGUAUCAAGUGUCAAUCAUAGAAAAUAAGAACCCCAAAUAGCUUUUGAAAAUGGAGCUGCACAGAAAAAAGAAAAAAAGAAAAACUAGACAGUAUUGAGUUAGUUGUUACUAGGUAAUUACCUGUUAAUUACCUGGUAAUAAGUGUACCGUAAAAGAAAGCGUUACCACUAUUUCUUAUACUAGAAAGUGUAACCAGUACAUACAGUAGAUCUGUGGUUCCUACGAGAUAUUCUUACUGUCACUUCAAUCAGAUGCUUUUUCCCAGUGUUCCCUUAACCCUGUGAACCCAAGUUUUUGAUGUAUGACCACAUCGAAAGGACAAGUGCCAGACUUUCCCACACAAGGCUGUGUACUCAAUUGUCUUUUUUCUCUCUACCAGGGUCAAACAUCAAGAGCAAAGACUCAAAGAGAAAAGAGGAUUUAUCAAUCAAACCAAGGUCGCCUAUGGGGGCAAAUCCAGUGACAUCAUCCCGUUUCACUGUCAGCCCUGCCAACGACCCCCACUUGGUGUGAUGUUAAAUGUCAACACGGGGACCUUUAGCGUCGAACCCUCUAGGACUUGGACUUGAUCCCAACAACCAGCCAUCCACCCAGAGGCUAUUUUUUUAUUGAUGAGGCAACUGAAAGAACGAGACUCCCGAUCUAAAAGCUGGACACAUUCCAGGUUUUACCAGCGACAGGAUUUUGUGUGACAGAGGUUGUUCUGCUCCUGCCUGCAUCUAUUUACAGAGUUUAUUCAUAGCCGGGGUACAGAAGUCUUUGGAAAUAAAAAAAAAACGGCAUAUGUUAGGAGAGGAGGAGCCUGGAGCUUUGUAAAAUCAGAAACAGAUCUGACAGCUAUGCAGUGGGAGUCUUGCUGUGUACCAGCUAACCUUCUCUUUUUCUGCGUCAUUUUCUCGUAUCGUUCCCCAGAUGAGCAGGGAUGCACUUUGGUUGGUCAUUAAUCAGUCUAUGUAAACUCUUGGAUUCCAGUCCUCUCUUUACUACAGAUGUUUUUCAUUGCAGUCGGCGGUCAGUUGUUCAUGUAGACAGCAGUUUGGAACAGAAAUCACUUGGCUUCUGUAUUUGAGAAUACUCAUAUGCAUUUGUACAAAUACCAUGAGACAAGUGUAUACAAUAUCAUUUUAGAGCUGUUUACUUUAGAUGUAUUCUUAGACUGCACGAAAAAUUAAACGAGCUAUGCUUCUUUACUUUUUAAUUCUGAAGAACUAUAUUACUUUAUAACUAGCAUUUUAUAUUGGUUAUAUUAUUUUAUUCAUGUAAAGCCAAUUCCAUGCGAUAUUUUAUUACAUCUUUAUUUAUUCCCUAAUUUAUUUAUUAUUUUUUAAUUUAUUUAUUUGCUUCUCUCUAGUUAACACAAAUAUAUACUUAGCUAUAAUUUGUUUGGGGCAGAAUGCAUCUAAGUUAUACCUUAUCUAAGAUCUUCAUAACAAAUAAAUCAAAAUAUUUUCCCAAACGUCUUAAUUGCUAAAAAAAAGUAUUUUGUAUAAUUUUACUUGUUAAUAUAUGCCAAUCUGUAUGGAACUAUGUCCUGUAAUGUGUCAUUUUUUCCAAUGUCUAUGAAUUUUUAGCCGUCUUGUCAUUUUUUUCCUUGUUUAAGGACAGUUAAUGUAGCUUAGCAUGAAAAACCGAAGCCUUUCAUCAGUAAAUAACUCCAUUUGUUAGUGUAUCUCUUCAUUUUUCCCAUUUUCUACUAAUAAGAGCCCAUCAUGCAGUUCAGGUCCAACUAGUCGAUUUGUUUAGUCUGUUUAAAUGUUGGUUUAAAACCUGUAUUGUUUAAAGAAUGGUUUUCAAGGGAUAAUGUACAGAUGAGGGGAAAUAAAAACUUCAAAAUGUGGA